UCGUCUCUGACUUGACCCGCCCCUCCUCAGCAGCCGCAGCCUCCGAGUCUCUGGGAUGCUGCGCUGCGCUGAGUGAGACAGCAGGACACACGGGACACAGUGGACACGGACUCUUAUAGGACAAGCGUAUGAAAACCCAUUGAAUCUUUCCACUUUAAAAGCAAAAUGGAUUUACUGAGUACCAUCUAACCGUCAACGGCAUUGCAGCCUCUCCGCGCUACCUGACGCGCGGACAUCUUGUUUCUGUCAUUUCAGCAUACCGGAGUUUAGAGACAUAUUUUGGGUUCAUUUCGGGCCCGGGGUUCAGAUUGCAUUGUAGUGGAGCUCUCUACGGUCCACCAUGGCGUGGCCCUGUAUCAGCAGGGCGUGCUGCAUGGCCCGCUUCUGGAACCAGCUGGACAAGGCUGACAUUGCGGUGCCUUUGGUCUUCACCAAGUACACGGACGUCUCCGAGAUGCAGCACAUCCAGCUGCAGCCGCCGCUCCACCCUCCCCGAGGCCGGGUCGCCAUAGAAACGCAGCCGACCCGCGCGGAGACCGGCGCCGCGGCGGCGGCGGGGCGGCCGCCGCGCAGGUGCGUCUCCGAGGAGCGGGUGUGCGGCUCGGUGAUGCGCGAGGACUUUAAGCACUGGAACGUGCGACCCGAGACGAGCUGUAAACCCAAGUACGAGUACCACGAGCCGGAAACGCCGUUCAACUGCGAGAGCCAGUACCAGAAGGACUUCAAACCCUGGCCCAUCCCGAAGAGGUACGACCAUCCCUGGAUACCCAAACCACCCGCCUCCGAUGAGCGGGCCCCGGACAGGUCCCGCCACAGGAAGCAGCCGGCGGAGGCGGACAGCGGCGUGGAGAAGAGUGCCAUCGCCGACAAGGUGCAGGAGAAAGACCUCGUACAGGGGCCACACAGGAAAAAGAAGUCCAGUAAACAGGAGGGGCCGAAGAAAGUGUCCCUGAAGGUGGAAGGAGAGGGCAAAGGGAGGGCGGCGGCCGACGCUGUGAACAGGCAGAUCAAGCAGGAGAUUGCGGGCGACAGCUUGUACAAAACUGAGUACAAGGCUUACAGAGACGUGAAGCCGGCAAAGAUGAUCCGGGCCAGGUCCCAGUACCUGCCUCCCGAUGAGAAGACCAGCCUAGAGACCAGCUACAGCGCCACAUACAAGGGUCAAGCCCCGCUGAGGCCUGCUGGCAACAAGGCGCUGGACAGGAGGAGGAUACGCAGCUUGUACAGCGAGCCCUACAUAGACCCCAUCAAACAGGUUGACAGAUACAGUGCCCUUCGCACUAAACCCAAAAAGCCUGGAGCCUCUGCAGCAGGCCAGGUCAAGCAGGCGAAGAAAGCCAAAGAUAAGCAAAGCGCCGGGCUGAGGGGCUCCAAGAAGACGGCCUCGGAGAACCAGCUGGAGAACCGGCCUGCGGUGGGGGACAAGGAGAAAAGUAAAGAGAUGAACAACAAACUGGCUGAGGCAAAAGAGGGUGUACUAAAACAGUACCACUACAUACAACUCUGCCAGCCAAUCCGAGAUAUUGGCUGGGUGCAGACUCUAAAGCAACACCUGUGGGGCUGUGCGCUGCCCGAUCCAAGAGAUGUUAAGGAAGAGGUUCUCCGACCCGGUCAUUAUCAUACCCAGGGUGCUGCUGGAGGAGAACCACCACCAGUACCACCACUGCUGGAUAGACCCGAGCCUGCGAGGAGCAGCGCAGUUGUUCGCUUUUCCCUAGAUAUCAACCAGACUGAGUAGCUCCGCACGGCGAGGAUGGAUGCAGAUGCUUAUACACACUGAUGCUCUGUGCUGUAAAUAUCUAGUAUUUGCAAUUUAGUUAAAAUACCUAACCGCCCUCCCAGGACAAAGCUAUCUAUGAGGCAAAUAGAAAAAACACGCAUGAUUGAGACAGUUUAAUGUCACAGCUGUUAUUAUUCCCAAGGUGCUAUAUCAUUUUCUGGUUUUAUGCAAUUUAUUUUAAAAGAAUAUGUCAACAUCAAUAGAAAUAUAUCACCAUAAAGUGCUUAUACAACUAGAAUAACAGAAACUGUGCUGUACAUCGAUGAUCGGUUUUAAUGUAAAUAAAUAGCUUGCACAUUA